CAGCAGGCAUAUGUUUUACAGAACACGCAAAUGUACACAAUACGAAAGUAAUCAACUAAUGCGCCGAGCGAAGUGAGACCUUUCCGUAUUUUUGUUGGGUAGUUACAGUUGUGAAGGGCUCCUGUGAUAUAAUGCAUUGUCAUCGGGCUUUCAGAAUACCCCCACCCAGUUAUUGAGAAUGGGUCGCGCCAGCUGCGCAGGCGGCAGAAGACGCGCAGAUUGGAUCUAUCAGAGGAGAACAGCCCUGUUCCCGUCUGCGCGUCGCAUCUGAGCCCGUGGACCGACCCGCCGAAACGAGGGGAACGACCUGUUCUGCGCCCCAAAUUUAAUGUACCGCUCAGGGUUUUUAAAACAAAGGAACCAGCAUGUUAUGUUGUUGAGGGAGAAGACGAGCGUUUUUUUCUUUGCAAAGAGGACAAUAUUUUCAAGCGUGAAAAGGUCAGUCUGUGUUCAGGGAUCCCAGUCUGAGUGACAUGGAAUGUCAGAUCGUCUGAGAACCUUCUGGCUGAUACACAUAUCAAGAAAACCUCUCCACCAUCCCCUGUAGAUAUGCAAAAGGAGGCAGGCACUGCCCCAGGCAGCUUGUCAUCCUCUCGGGGUCCUAGUGCCCCUGGGUCACCAGCCGUCACAAUCGUGGCCAAAAUGGACAACCAGGUGAUUGGGUACAAGGAUCUUGCUGCCAUUCCCAAAGACAAAGCCAUUCUGGAGGUGGAGCGACCUGAUUGGAUGAUCUAUGAGCCGCACUUCAGCAUCUCCUCUCUGGACCGGUCUGAGCUCUCCAGGAGUCGCGAGAGGUCCGUUUCGCCGCACUCUAUCUCGCCUCCACCCUCCCCAGGGGCCUCAGGGGGAGAGCAGAGGGAGUUGCUGGAGCAGAGGUCCCUUGGGGGGGACUCCACGCUGGGCUCCACAGCCCAGAUCCGCAAAGUCAGCGCCUCCAAGGGCCCCAUACAGCACUUUCACCGGCCAGACAAUGGCACCAACAUCUAUAAGAAGCCGCCAAUUUACAAGCAUGAUGUCUCCAUGGCCGCCCCGCAUGUCAAGCACCGAGGUGACCUCAUCAUCGCAUCCUCCAAAUUCCCUGCUGCCCAGCCUCCAGACCCCAGCCAGCCUUCCAAAAUCGAGACGGAGUACUGGCCCUGCCCCCCCUCACUGGCUGCCAUGGAGAUCGAGUGGAGGAAGAGGAAGACAAGACAUGGGGGGACAGAGGAAGAGGAAGAUGAUGAAGGGGAUCUGACAGAAGACACCAGGCGUCUGCAGCAGCAGGAGCUAGACAAAAUCCAGUCUAACCUGGGGAAGUUAAUUCUGAAGGAGGAAAUGGAGAAAUCGGUGCCCUUCCGCAGAAAGACCCGCUCACUGCCUGACAGAACACCCAUGCACCUGGGUUCAAAUUCCAACACCUCCAAAGCCAACACCCUCCCGGCCUGCAGCAGAAGCGGCCUAACCCGGCUGCAGUCGGCAGAGUUUCCCUCCUCUGGGAAUGACAGGGAAAGGCCAGGUGUACAGAAUGGAGAGACCCAGAGGGGCCGCAUGGACCGGGGAAAUUCCCUCCCCAGCAUCUUGGAGCAGAAGAUCUACCCCUACGAGAUGCUCAUCGUCACCCAUAGAGGGCGCAGUAAACUCCCUCCCGGGGUGGACAGGACCAGGCUGGAGAGACACCUGUCCCCAGAGGAGUUCCACCACCUGUUCGGAAUGACCAUCGCAGAGUUUGACCGCCUGUCGCUCUGGAAACGGAACGAGUUGAAGAAGAAGGUUUCGCUCUUUUAAAUGAGAGGAGAGGCGUUUCUCCCGAAUGCCUUUGUGUUCCCUGAGAAACCAGGAAAAAAAUCUGUUCCUUUACCAGGCAAAUAAAACUGUUGAAAUGCUUAAUCUGGGAGCAGGAUGGGAAAUCCCUGCAUGGCACGACCAUGCUGUAACACAUCUUUAACACAAGUCCCACCGCCGAGUUUUCUAACGCCGGCUUUCUAACUAAUCACACAUGUAGGCCACUGCCUUCUGUUCCUGCCUCUCUCUAUAACUGCGUCCGCAAAGCAUAUGAAGUUUACAAAGGGCUGUAUGUCAGAUAUUGCUUUUACAUCUACUGUCCCAUCCUCCUGGACAGCAGGGCAUCUGUUUCUGGGUUGGCUCAGAGAUGCAGCAGAAUUCUUGAGCUCAGAGCCUUUCCUCACUGCACAGGCUUGCCUUGUGCUGCCCACAAUGAGUCAGUUAUGAAAAAAAAAAAGGUCCCAGUUACUGAAUCUCUAAUCUAAAAUGCGUAGUCACAGUGUCUCGUGAGCGUAUUCAUGUUGUGGAAAAAAAACGAAUUUAAAAAGGCACCGAGCUGUUACAGCAGUUCAGCCAUAUAAUCACGCAGACUCACAUCCAGUUGGAAAAACAGUUUCAUACGUUUCUUUCAAAAGAAAUGAAAACUUUCUUUUCAAAAGCAAAUGAAAUUACUUUUGGUUCAAGGGGGUGAGGACUUUUCAUUUUCAUUUGAAAUGGCACUUGAUGUGAUCCAUUACCGAUUACAAGUAGCGAAACACCAAUAAUUGAUUUUUCUGAUAUAGUGUCCCAUGGGCAUUCUGAGUUCUGCCUUUUGUAGGUAACACCGUCACCAUUUCUUUCAGCUUAAACAGAGCAGUAUAUAAUCUGUAUUUCCUAUCACUUGAGUUUGAUUCUUCUGUUUUUGUGAAUGCCACUCUUCUGAUCAGCUCUGUGAUCCUAAUUUGAAGUAUUUUCCUUGAAGAAAGUUUCAGUCAUUCUGAUUCUCAGGAUUUUGGAAGGAAGGUGGGUGGUGGUGAACAGCGCUUGUUAUUUAUUUAUACCAAUAAUGCUUGUACAUGGUAAACUUGUUGCCUACUGGAAAGGGGCAACAGAGGAAAUAAAGGCCUGUGUUUUUGAUUGGUGUA